UUAUUAUUGUUUGUACCUGUUCAGCAAUCGGACGGAAAUGUCUGAAUGUGGUAAAUCUGGAGGGAAAAGCCACGUUAAAAGCAAGCCACGGGCAUCCAGGGGCUGCCUGCAGUUCCCCAUCGCCCAGAUCCACAGGCUCCUUCGAAGAGGCCACUAUGCGGAGCGAGUCGGGGCGGCGACCCCGAUCUAUGUGUCCAUCGUCUUGGACUACUUGACCACCGAGAUCCUGGCGGACAACGACAGGGACAACUGGGAGCAAGACCAUCACCGCCAUCACCACCACCAUCACCACGGGCAACCUCCUCCACCCACAUCCCGCCACCCCCAUCUACGUUCGGGCAAACAUGCAGCCGACAGAGACAACUCGUUCCAGGCAAGAUCCUGAGUUUCUUGCCGCCGU